CGAGAGCAUCUGUGAGUUACGGCAGCAAGGCUACUGUCCAUAGAUUUAGAUACACCCUGACUAGAUCUAAAAUUAACAUGCACACUUUUUCCAUCUCCAAACCAGCGCACUCUGAGAACUCGUGCAAUGCAACACACUCAAACACGCACCCAUCCUUCCAAAGACCCAUUCCAUACCCAAGAAGUCGCCGAGGACUAUCUAAACGGUUGUUUCUUAAACACAUCUGUUUCACUGCGCUUCACGAAACGUGUAUACUAUAUUUAUCCCAUCUUGUGUGGGCUCCGUUGCCGCCCGGACCCGGGCUUCCGCCCGAGCGGCGUUUCGUCCGGCGUCGCGGCUUCGCGUCCGAGCGACUCCCCAUCCGGCGUCUAGCAAACACAACGGCCCGCGCGGGCUCUCUACUUCCCCCGGGGGUGUAUGUCGCCAUUAUUCAUGACGUGCAUAAAUAAAACGUCCGAGCUUUUAACGGCGCGCCGCCGGCAGUUGUCCCGUUUAAGAUAUCGCGCUAAGCUGGGGAGCUUAAAUGCCUAGUCUCGGCGGGAGAAGAGAGCACAAGAGCUGUCAAGCCCCGAUGGGCCAAGCGGCGGUGCGUUUCAUCUGCAGCGCAUCCCACAGCGUUUACGUGCAUGGCAACCCGUGGCCGCUUUCCAGAUCCGGUAAGUACCGACCUAAACGAACCCUGUGGCUAGUAGGUUUGUAUGAGCUUUCGCUGUUGCGGGUGGAGGCGGUCUGCCAGCGAGUAAGUGAUUCGUACGGAGACAAGCUGAGCUGAGCUCCUGCAUGAUGAGUGGGAUUGCGGUCUCCUGCCGAGAGAGCCUAGCGUUGUCUCUUGUUAAACCUUAUGUUUUCUGGGCAAAAAGAUAAAACAAAAAGAAACAUCAAAGCUGGAGAGAUGCUCGCUACUUAAGAUGCGGAUGUUCUCCCACUUGGGAUGUUGAAACUGUUGAUCCUAUAGCCCGGCGCUUCUUUAUUGUCUCUCUGGAGAGAUCCUUUUCCUUUGUUUGUUUCCAUUUGUUCUGUCUUCUUUUCUUAUAACAUUCCCUUGACUAUUUUCAUAAUAUCACGAUGCAGGCAUCGCUCUUUCUUUCUUUUGCUAUUACAGCCAUUAUUGGUGUUGGCUACACCGCACCGGUUCCCGCCGCUACCACUACAACCAUCAGCAGCAGCAGCAGCAGCGUUGCCACCAGCGCCGCUACCAGCGUCGCAGCUAAACCUGUUAUUAUAAUUGGCCAUGACGACGUUGACAAGAACAACGAUAACAACAACAAGGACAAAGACGAAGACGAGGAGGACGAGGAGGACGAGGACGAGGAAGAAGGGGAAGACUCUACAUCCGCUGGGGCCCUCUCUACUCCUAGUAAAAUCAACCCCGACGAGGCCGCUGGACACCAGUUUGCAGACACUUAUUUUGACAGACCCUCUGCUACGUGGUGCUUCAUGCGGAACGACCGGCUCUAUUGCCCUGCUGGAAACGGAGACGGUUGCGAAUGGAGACUGGUCACGCCAGGGAACUCCUAUACUGUACUCAGAUGUCCGUACAGCGGGUGCAGGGAUGCUUGGGACGGAGCAGGGUCAAAUGUUGGUUGCUACUAAGCUUGACGAGGCGAACCAAGUUAAAGGACCGGUAUAUACAUGUACAGUACGACACUGGCCGACAUGAGGCAUGGCAUAUAGAGAAUCCGCGGUAGAAGCUGAUUCUAAAGGAAUAUAAAUACCAUACAAGGUUACAAUGAUGAUCGUCUUUGAUGAAUCACUGCAGAUUAUGGCACAGAGAGAGAAAAAGGUGGUGUUGAGUGUGCAUGUCCAUCCGUGUGUAAGUCGCUCCCUGCAAAUCAUUCGCUGCGGGUUGUGCGGAAGAUGUGCUAGCGUGGCGAGGCCGUUCCCGUCAACUGCCGACACUAGCAAGGAUGGGAUUGGUUAUUUCUUUUUAAUUCUUUUCGUUUGUUUCUGCUCAAAGCGGCCAGUGCGGUGUACGUAGAGCCGUGCGGU